ACACUCCCGGCAAUUUCAGACUCUUUUCUGAGGAAUUUCCUUUUGCAACUCUCACACACUCAUGAAAGAAUCUUCCCGUCCUUCCCGCCAAAGGAAACCACCGUCCGUACAGAAGAUCAAGCUCCUCUGCAGCGUCAAUGGCUCCUUCCUCCCCCGCCCCGCUUCCGGAAAGCUCCGGUACGUAGGUGGCGAGACCCGCAUCGUCUCUGUCGGUCGGGACAUUGGAAUCUCCCACCUCUUGUCGAAGAUAUCGGAGUUUUGCCCAAAACACCCCUCCAUGUCUCUAAAAUACCGGCUUCCGGAUUCUGAUGAGGACGGCCUCACCAGCGACCUGCCUCUGGUGUCCAUCGACACCGACGACGAUGUAUGGUGCAUGAUAGAUGAGUACGACAAGGUCGCGGAGUAUAUGGAGAGUGCACGGUUGAGGAUCUUUGUAUGCAAUUUCAAUGGAACCAUGUCUGGACCCGAAAUGCCGACAGGUUACAUGGACAGUCCGGAAUUUCAGCCGGAAUCUUUUUUGAGUAGAUUUAGUGAAGGUUUGGCUAAGGAUCGGUUCAGUUUCCAAAACUGUGAUGAAUCAGUUAGAACGGUCCGAUUUCCAUUUCAAGGAUAUCACUCUAAACAGUGUCCGGGAGUGAGAAAAUCCAAUCAUGUAUAUUUGAAUAGAGAAAAUAUUAUGCCAUGGAAUGUUGGCCAUGGUCUGGUGAAGAGUCGUUUAUGGCCUGCUUCAUGCAACAAUCAGUUGGGUAGAGAGGUCUUUCCAUUGAAUUAUCUUGUUGGAAAUGAUGGACUUUCAGGCCAUCCUCCUUGUAGGGUAAAAAACAUUCGAAUGGGUGCGAACGACUUCAGAAACCGCAGGAGUGGCUUGCAUGACAUUGGGAACAAUCAAGAUUCUGGGUUUGGUCAGAAGCCUUGUUAUGGGGGGUGCUGCACUGGGCUUAAGCCGAGGUUGAACAUUUCGAAUGUUGGGGAAGGAAGAUUACGCCAGGCCCAUUUGGGAAAGAUCUCGUGUGGUACCCAUGAGCAUUUUGUGGCGGGAAUAGGAAACAUGGGGGUUUCUAGGAAGGGGACUCGGUCUUUGUUUGAUCAUGAAAAUAGCAGAAUAUUGAGAGAGCGGGUUGUGCCGCCAAGCUAUGGGAGAACUUCAGCAAGUCGUUUUUGUGGACAGAAUGGUCUUCUAGAAGAGUUUAGAAACUCAAAGGUUCAUGAAAAUUGUUUAUAUUUUUAUCGGGCACACCGUGGUCUCUUGGAGGCCAAAAAACAAAGUAAUGAUUUGAGCUAUGAUUCUUGCUUGGUCCAUGAUGUAAUCAAGAAUCCAGUUCCAUGUUUUGGGGCUACUACUUCCAGGGAGGAUCAUCGAUGCAAUCAAAAUGUUGCAAAAUGUGAAACUCAGUCUUCAUUCAUGUUCAACAAUCCUUUCAGUAAUGCUCUUCAUUUCAGCAAACAAUGUGAGGUUAGCUCUCAGUAUCCCAUAAUAAAUGCUGAUCUAUGCCCUCCAUAUGAUCAGAAAAUUCAAGCAGGCCAAUUAUGUGAAACUCUCGAGGAAGCUGUUAAGGAAUCAAGCAAUGACCAUGAUCUCCAAGAUAAGAUGUCAGUGGUUCUUUCUGUGCAUAACCUUUCAUUGUCAUCAUCCACAGAAGUUGCCCCACCGACAGUUUGCUCCUCCGUUUCUAUUAGUGAUGAAUUGGGAACAGAUGAAUAUUUGCUCAUGUGUCAUCAGAGUGCGACGAAUACUGCCAAUAUAUCAGCUCGUGAUGAUGUCUCACCCAGAUGUGAAAUGUCGCCUCAAUUUAAUCAGUUAGAUAACAUGGACAACGGGGCCCAUAGUGCGGGGUCGCUCAUUGAACACUUGCCUGAAGCUGACACUCACAAAAGGGAUGCUGAUUAUCCUAAUGGUACUUCUGAUACCUCCAUCAAGGCUGCUACUGAGCUGGGGUCAUCAAUGAAACUAUCAGGACCAUCAUCUCUGGCUGUGGCCCAUGUGUCUUUCAGCUCAGGAAAAGACCUUGCUCAUGAAGAGGAGAACCAGAAAAGUACUCUAUCCAGUUUCAACACUGAAGAAAAGGUAGUUGGUGAAAGCACUAGCAAACUUGUGGCGUUUUAUGCUCAUUUAGCAACUAGAGAACUCCAGACCAUAAAGAAUUCAGAUUUGGAAGAAAUACGAGAACUGGGAUCGGGUACAUAUGGAACUGUUUUCUACGGAAAAUGGAAGGGUUCUGAUGUUGCUAUCAAGAGGAUCAAACCAAGUUGCUUCAGUCAAGAUGAACUCGGGGAGGAUCGAUUGAUUGCAGACUUCUGGAAGGAAGCCCACCUGCUAGGUCAGCUUCACCAUCCAAAUGUUGUGGCAUUCUAUGGAGUAGUUACAGAUGGACCUUCAAUGAAUUUAGCAACAGUCACAGAGUACAUGGUGAAUGGUUCCCUCAAGCAAGUUCUUCGGAGAAAAGAUCGAACCAUUGAUCGUAGAAAGAGGCUAAUCAUAGCCAUGGAUGCAGCAUUUGGUAUGGAAUAUCUACAUGAGAAAAAUAUUGUCCACUUUGAUCUGAAGUCCCAUAACUUCCUGGUGAAUAUGCGGGACCCUCAAAAACCAGUGUGUAAGAUCGGGGAUUUAGGCUUGUCCAAGGUGAAACAAAAGACACUAGUAUCAGGAGGUGUACGGGGAACCCUGCCAUGGAUGGCCCCCGAGCUUUUGACGAGUAAAAGUGGCAUGGUGACAGAAAAGGUUGAUGUCUACUCCUUUGGUAUAGUCAUGUGGGAACUUUUAACUGGGGAGGAACCCUAUACAGACAUGCGUUCUGAGGAAAUAAUAGCUGGUAUAAUCAAGGGUGAUCUGCGGCCAGAGAUCCCUAAUUGGUGCGACCCGGCAUGGAGAUCAUUGAUGGAGAGGUGUUGGUCAUCUGAUCCUGACUCGAGGCCAUCCUUCUCUGAGAUUGCCAAGGAGCUACGUGCCAUUUCGGCGUCGAUGAACAUCAAGUGACUUGCCUGAUGAGAGGUGAAGAUUGGAAGCCGGUAAACUGCUUAUUAAACCAGUUAAAAGAGUCUAGGAAACAAACCCCACAUUGUAGAUAUGCAACGAGUAGCAAAACCAUGCCGGGAUGUUGAUCAAUUCUGCCGUCCGGUGUGUUGAAUUCACUCAGAAGAUAGACCAUCGAUUGGGGGGAUGGUAAUGUCGACAUCAGUACAGAGUAUGUGGGCGGUUUUUCUUUUUUUGCUGUCGCAACGGGAUCCGAAGGUGGAAUGCCAUCUGACAACGGCAUUUGGUUAGUGUAGGGAACUUUUUACCAGAAGCUGUUAUGUUGUUGGAAAUAAUCUGAGGGUUGGGAUUUGCGAUCGCAGUGAUACAUGUUUGGUAGGAAUUGUAGUGGCCAGGGAGAAGCUUGCGGCCACUGGCCUUGCACUCUUUGUAUGGACACUUCCUAUUCCGUUUCUCAUACUGACUGUUUUGGGUGUUGAAAUUUCGAUUUGCAAUUUGAAGUUUUUCCACGUAAUUAUCAAUGUGGAUUGGUCC